ACUUGAACUCGGCUUGUAAGUGUGUAACCAUCGCUUAGGGGCAGACCGUGCUCGCAUGCUGGACUCGGCCGAGACAGCAGUGAAUCGUUACGCACGGUUACCGCGGCUGGCGACACAUUUGCAUUUGUCACCUGAUACCAUCUAAAUCAUUCGAUAACACGCAAUCUUUCAGCGGCCACUUAUACAUGCAACAGAUGCUAGUUUGUUACGUAGCGCCGGAGACCGAGAAUCGGUUGUACAGGUCCGCGCGCGCGCAAUAGCGAAAGGUUAGAGUAACACAUACAUAUAAAUGGCCUUAUGUUUCACCUAUGAACACUUGACAGAGCUCAGCCUGCCAAGUGCAUAACGACGCAUCAGAGGGCCUCAGGUCGGGCCUGCGCGUGUGAAAGUUGGGCACCUGUUUCCUGUCAACACGCUUACACAGUUGAUCUUAUAUCAGUCAUAGCUCUGUGACGGGCAAAGCGUCCGCUCCGCCCUAAGGGCGUCUCAAAGCCCGAGCGAAGUGGCACGGUUUCAGCGUGAAGGGUUGAGCGCUUUAUGGACUGACGUCGCUGACCAACACGAAUCCAAGCGCCGGUGUGGCCACGGCUGUUACUGUCCACAAGCCUUACAUCAUGGAAAGGCGUGCAUUUGACGGAGUCGGCGGCUAUAGUGAAACCCGUGCUGAUGCGGGUUCCCACACGACUGUGCGUGAGGAGCGACCAUCGGCAUGUCUAGGCAUGCAACCCGCAAAAAGACAACGCGUUAUGCGGUUUGAGCCCGCUCACGCGACAACACUCUGCGGCCCAGCCUUGCCAUGCACAACAUGGCAUUGUAACCUUGACGACAGCUUCACUCCCGCGGCCUGCGCAUCGACCACCGCUUCUCCUGGUCGGUCUUCGUGGAUACCGCGCGAGCUACUGUGCAACUUUGAGGUCAGCUCAGCGCAACCCAGCGUGCCCGCAGAGCCAUCUCCCUGCCGCAAUGCUUCGCGCACUUCUAGUUUUUGCUUAUCGUCGUCGGCGGGCACUGCGUGGGGCCCGGCUCUAUGUCGAGUAACGACAUCACGCGACGAGGCCGUGAUAGCAGCUGUCAGCAAGGAAGAGCACUCCGUAACUGGGCCCGCCGCGCCCGCCGCGCCCGGCUGCUGGCAGCACCUGCCCUCGCCUGUGACGCGGCUGCUUAACCGCCUCGAAUGCCCGGAGGAGUGGAUGACCCGGGUGCACCCCGCCCUGGGCCUUUCAUCUCCCGACACCUUGCGCCUCGCCCUACACACGUGGCGGCGCGUGCAGCUGCCGGUUACAAUGCUCGUACACGUGCGCGCACAAGCAGUGCCCGGCAGCAGUGGACGCGCAGCGGCCUCAGCUGCGGCACCCGUGCACGCGCUGCGCUGUGGGCCCGCCAGCAGCAGCGGCAGCCUUGGCGGCAGCUCUGGAUGCGGCGGCAGCAGCAGCCCGGCACCCUUCGCCCCGGCGGCCACCGCGGCGUGCCCAUCGUCGUCUUGGCCGGCGGCUGUGUUGGCUACGAGCCGGCGCGUCCGCACGGAGCGCGCGUUCGCGGCGGCGUGCAUGCGUCUGGCGGCCAAGCUGCAGGAGCAGCGCGAGGUGACGCGCAUGGUCACGGAGCCGCUGGCUACGGCGUCGGGCACGAGUGGCCGCAUCAUCAUGAACGCGGAGGUGUGUGUGCUGCGUUGGCUGGAUUGGGACCUCCUGGCAGGGUUCGUGCCGGAGGAUGCGCACCUCAUUUGCGGCGUGGGAUGGGAUUGAUGAGGCUAGAAAAGGCUUGCGCACGAAGCGGACAGCGGCUGCAAUGUAGGAUUUAUUUGGGUUACCGUAGGGGGCGGUGGUUUUGUGCGGCCUUGAUCGGACGACGGACGCAGUGUGGGGUCAGCCCACUUUGGCUGUGCUUCUGGGGAACCACCUUUCUUGCCUGCGUGUACACAAACACACCGUACAUUUGUUAUCUGUGAUGCCUGCUGCGUCCUCUGCGGGGCUGAAACAACAUUUAUUCUGUGGGGCUGAAGGAUACCGCCCGCUCUUGUUGAUGAGGGCGGGACAAGGAGUUGCAUUGCUGAGGGUGGGAUUGCGCACUGCAGCAAACGCUGAAAGUAAAGCUGGCAUGAAGAAAGAAAGCAGCAGCAUAGGAACAGAUACGGUAGUAGAGGAUAGUGUUAAAUCUCUUGCAUGUGGUCUGUAAUUUGUGGGCUAUGGUAGUGCUAGUAUAGAACCAUUUAAGAAUGCAAGACGCACACGUCGGACUCUUGUGGCGCCGACAACUGAAUGGCUGCUGAGUUGCACUUGCAUGUGGAGGGGUCGUGCGUGCGGGUGCAUGUGUGUUUGUAAAUGUAGACGAAGGGCUUGUGAAUGUGUGUUUGGUAUGUUUUAUGGGAAACAGAAGCACUGAUUGUGUGUGUGCCUGUGUGCAAAACAACAACAGACCGAGCCCCGCGAUUGUGUGUGUGCCUGUGUGUGUGCCUGUGUGUGUGUGUGUGUGUGUGUGUGCGUGCGUGCGUGCGUGCGUGCGUGCGUGCGUGUGUUUGUCUGCUCGGUGCGAACGUGGGGCCCCAAGCGUCCGCCAGAGACAAGGCUUAAUGGGUCGCAUGCUUUUGUUACAAUCAACCUUGUUUGAUGGUGCGUACACUGUAUGGGACAAGUGUUCCCCGGUCACGGGAAAAGGGGCUGAGCCCCUCCACAGUCUGAGGCCGAACAACCUCAUCGCCCGGCUAUCCUCAUCGCCCGGACAUAGCCGGGGAUUUGUGGGAUGGCAAAGCAGUAUGAAAGUUUGCGAUGGGAGUCAUGGCACACGUGCAUGAAUACGGUAGCCUAGAAUGCUUGAAACCCGGGUCACGCGCGGGUGCUGUGUGUUCGCUAGUUGUAGUACACGGCUCAGGUGGUCACCUGCUCCAGGCAGACCCCUGCACACGUCAGCGUGUGGGGACGCCGCGAUGGCGGAAGCCGCGGCGUCCCCGUUUUGGGGGCAUGGGCACCCGUUCGGAGCCUGGCGUGCGCAAGCCAUGUAACCUCCUCCGUUG